AUGCUCGAACUUGGUGCCACAUUUAUUCCAUUCGAGCCGGACCGCUCCGCCCACGACGGCAACAUCACGCGCAAUUUCUUCGACUGCUCCAGUCAACGGAUAUGUACAAUGAGGAAUAACGGAGCUCUGGGGCUGACUGCGAAGAGUUUGCUGAGUGAUAAAUGCACAAAUGUACGGACGAAAGACCGCGGAGAACCGUCGACGGUGAAAUUCUCGCCGGACGGCCGGUUAUGCGCCAUGCAGCGGUCCGCCAACACUGCCGACGUGAUUUUUCUCGAAAAAACUGAAAAUUCACUGUGUGUCGAGAUGACUGUGAGCACGAAAAGCAAGGAACCGCUGCUCGCUGUUGAGUGGGUCACCAAUAAUCAGGUUGAGCACUUUUUCAUUGAAAACUAAUGUUAUUCAAUAUUUUCUCCACUCUAAAGUCACAAAAAUUAAUCUGAAGCAAGACUAAAAAUUUGAUUUUCAGCUUCUUCUUGUAAAUAACCACAGCGCCGAGUUAUUGUACAUCAACGAAGACAAAAAGUCGUCAAAAGUGAUAAAAGCGACAAAUGUGAAUGCCGCGUGGGCAAUUUAUUAUGUUAGUUUUUCAACAAAAUUGUUUAUAAAAGAAACAUUAAUUUUUAGGCGCCAUGUCAACUUUUGCUCGUCGCAAACGGUCAAUCGUGCUCGAAUCUACAGCCAAUUGUGGUCGCGCACUCACAAUUUACACGGAUGAAAAAUUUUGAAGUCGAUUUCGGAGGAUCCAUUUCGAAAGAGAAUUUUUUAGAAAAGGAUGCGGCAAUUGCGACAAUGUUAGUUAAGAAGAAAACUGUAAUUUAGUGCUGCUUAGACUACAAACUACGCUCUUGGGCGCUGCCCUCGUAAAUUUAGAGUUACUUAUACUGCAAACUACACCGCUGGUCGCUGCUCUCUUUAAUUUAGUGGCUGCUUGUACUGCAAACAACACAUUAGAGCUGCUUAGACUAUAAACUAUUCUUUUAGGCGCUGCUCUCGUGAAAAAACUCCUAAUUUAAAUCAAACAUUUUCAGCUACGGAAAAGUGUACGUUCUUGUGUUCCGCUACAGUAAUCGAAACGCGACAAUGCUCGAUUUGUAUGAAUUACCGUUCGAUGCGACCACUGUACCCACUUUCAAACAUUCUCUCAUUUUAGGUAAGUUGUCAGAAGUUUAUUAGCAAAACGUUCAAAAACAUUUUUUCUUUAAAAUUUCAGGUUUCAAUGGUGGGUGUGGAAUCCACGUCAUCGAUAAUUUGGUGAUUGUCCAUCACCAAUUUUCUCAGAAAUCAUUGAUUUUCGACAUUCGCGUGAGCUCGCCGAGCAAAAGCCAUUCGCCACUUGUCACCACAACAAUAGGUAAGAUUUUAGUGCUGCAAAUGCAAUUCGACUCGAGAAGAGAGCUAAAAAUCUGCUCAAAGCUCUCUUUUCCCUGUAAAAUCUCGAAAAAAGUGUUUUCCAGAAGCACACGUCCAACACCAGCCACCUCCGUCACUUUACACCACGUUCUGGUUCACAUUUCUUCCGUCAACCGUAAUUGACUCGCAAGCCGGUGUAAUGUACUCCCUCGGCCUGAAAAACGAGAAGUGUCAACUGGAAAUCGCGGAAAAGAACACGAUGCUCGAGUACUUGGCACGUCGGAAAAAUGAACGAAAAUUAUUCGUUACGGUACUUUUAACGUGCCUCCGAGCACGUGCUCUAAGCCUCCGACAAGUCCGAAAAGUGUUCGGAAUGGUAACAAAUGCGAAAAAAGUAAGCGGAGCCACGGAGAAUGCGGUGAAAGCGGUGCUCGGCUGUGAAAAAUACGAAAGUUUGAGCGUUAGCCAGCAGGAAAUGCAAAGUGCUGUGCUUAUUCCGUUGAGGGUUAGUUUUUUACGAUUUUUUGAAUGUUUUGAAUAAAAAAGAAUGAAUAUUCCUUUUCUUUCAGUUUUUCAAUGUCAUAUAUUCAUUCUUUUAGGAGGACACUACUCUACCCGAAUCGUACGUGGCCAACGUCAUGCUCCAGUACUUGCGAUGCCUUUUUGACGCGCAAAUGACUCCGGAAGCGUAUCUCAUUGAAAUGGUCGUCGAAACGCUGGCAGAUGCUGGCGAAAUGGACAAAUUACAGCAAAUUGUCACUUAUCGGGUGCGGUCUUAUUUAUAAUACAUUUUAUAGCGUGCAUUCUCAGUUUUCUGAUUUUCGUUAUGCCACACGGCGAGUUGAAGCGAGCUCAGGUAAUUUUCGGCAGGUUCCUGCAAAAUUCGGCAGUUUGCCGAUCAAAUGAGCUGGCUGCCGACUGGCCGUUGGCCGUCGAUUCCUUGCGCCUCCUUCCCGAUCCUUUCUAUCGGCCAAUUUGCCGUUUCUGGAAGCAAGCUGGCGAAUAGCACAGCUAACUGCUGCUUUCAUGCCGAACCCUUGCCGAAAAUUAUCUGAGAAGUGAAGCGAGUUGGAGCGGCUACGGUCGACAACUUGAUUUUAAUAAAAUGUGCAGUUGUUUCAGGUGAUCAACGACUCGAAACCACUCGCAUUCCUUCUUUUGUCCUAUGAAGCCCGCUGCUCCACCCUUUUCCAAAGCGGCGUCGAUAUUCUGGCCAGAAAUAAAGCAAACGACGAAAUUGUCGAAGUUAUGCUCGAAAAGAAGCAAAUUGUCGAUGCUUUCAGGUAAGACUUCAAACAAAUGCCCAUCAUCUCUUAAAUAAUACAAUUUUUCAGAUUUAUCGACGUUCGAAACCUGAACGACACGCUAAUUCCGAAAGUUGUCGAGGCGGCCAACCAUCACUGUUCCCGACAGACCCGGCACGCAAUCAAGGAGCACUUGAGCGAGAAAAAAGCGAAACGUACGUUUUUGCCCGAAAAUAAAGCACGAUUUCUAUCCGUAAAAAACUGUAAAACUCCCGAGCCAAAAUACUCUGAAAUUUAUUUUUUCAGUUUCGCUCUACAAAUCGAUCGGCGACGAGCUCUAUUCGGAAUCAGAAGUUGCCGAAGCGAAUGAGCAACAAUCCACGUGUGCUCUUUUUGAACUCUAA